UCUACGCACUAUGGAGCUCGAUUAUGUGGCUACUGACAUGGGAAGUGACGGUGAUGAUAAUGAAAAUGGCGACGGAGGAGGUGAUCGGGUUCCUAACAGUGAGGAAUCGAAUGAGCUUGGGCCUGGGAAGCUCAUAGGCAGUAAGGACGACUGGGAUAGUGAAACGAAACCUAGGUAUUCUAAAAUGAAAAGAGAGAAUAGUUCCCAGGUUAAAGACGAAGACCUCGGUGACCAAUUUUAUGAGGUCUACAACAAAGCUGACGAGAAGAAUAUGGGUAUGGCUUCCAAGGAGUUACACCGAGUUUCGAGCUACAAAUCUUUCUUAUCCGAGUUCGACGGUUAUGUUACAAGCGAGAAAUUGGGUUCUGGAGUUUCUAGAGCAUUGAGCUAUGGGUUUGAAAUGGGUGAUAUGGUAUGGGGAAAGGUGAAGUCACAUCCAUGGUGGCCAGGUCAUAUAUACAACGAAGCUUUUGUGUCGCCUUCUGUUCGUCGUAUGAAGAAGAUGGGUUACGUUCUGGUCGCUUUCUACGGAGACAGUAGUUAUGGUUGGUUCGAUCCUGCUCAGCUUAUUCCUUUUGAACCUCAUUUUGCAGAGAAAUCAGAGCAAACUAAUUCGAGUAACUUUGCAAAAGCUGUGGAAGAAGCUAUUGUUGAAGCAGGUAAAAGGUCAGCUCUUGGGUUGGUUUGUAAAUGUCGGAAUCCUUUUAACUUUAGGCGCAGUAAUGUUCAAGGUUACUUUGUGGUUGAUGUGCCUGAUUACGAGCUCCAAGCUGUUUACUCUUCUAAGCAGAUUAAGAAAGCUAGGGAUAGUUUUUCAUCUGCUCAGACUCUCUCGUUUGUGAAGCGAUGUGCUUUAGCCCCUCAAGAGUGUGGCUCAGAUAGCUUAAAGUUUUACCAGAGGAAAGCAGCGGUUUAUGCUUUCCGCAGGGUAGUGUUUGAGGAGUUUGAUGAAACAUAUGAACAGGCCUUCGGGGCAAGAUCUGAAUACACUUCAGUGAAGUCACAGGAUCCACUUAAUAGAGCAUCCCCACGAGUCCCCUUGAGAGGCUCACUGGUUAUUGCAGAAACUCUGGGAGACCCGAAGACCUCGAAAAACGCUAUGAAUGUAAAGGAUUCUACUAAACACGACAAUUAUCUUCCCAAAAUGAGAGAGGAAGCUGAUAAUAUGACAGUUCAAUUUGGCCAGGUCCAAGCAUCUUCUCAGCUUCAGGGCAUCAAUGGAUCGUCAGCAGGGAAUCAUGUAGUGCAGAGAAAGACUCCUCCCAUGAAACAUGAGCGGACUGGGCUUCUCAGCAUGGACUUGAGCACUUUAAGCGGUGAUAGUCCUGGAAAGGAAUCUUCUGUUUCAAAGCUCUCUCGUGAUGCUGACAAGGGUUCAGGUCAAGAAUCAAAGGUGAUAAUGAGAGACAAAGCUGCUCUAUUUCCAGAUCAUGAGAAAUUUGAAGCAAUGACCAGCCUUAAACAAGAUAAGACUAGCGCCACGCAUUCUAGAUCAAACAACUUUAUGAAGGGGAAAGUUUCUGCACGGGGUGCGAUCAAGAUCGUCAAUGCCCUGAAACGGUCUUCUGGAGAAAUGGAUUCUGAGCAUACUCCUUCAGGGCUGAAGAAGAAAAAGAAAGAGUCUGGGUCAGAGCUGAACCGUGACAAUCCAGACAAGAGGGAAGCUUUAUCAUCUGGGGAAACUUGGGCCAAGAAAUCAUCAGAAUUAGGUUCAGCAGAAAGACACUCCAAUAUGUUGACUGUGAGAGACUCUAAACUCGAUGCUCUGCAGCUGUUGAGCAAUUUGCAAGCUCUCUCGCUUGACCCUUUCUUUGUAUCCUCGGAUAGAAGUUCGAUAAGAGCUGUAAGGCAAUUCUUUUUGUGUUUCCGGUCUCUUGUUUACCAGAAAAGCUUGGCCAAAUCUCCUCAAUCAACAAAACCGUCAAAAUUUCCAAAGACUUUGACAAGGACCCACGAACCAUCUAAGGCCGAGAUAAAACGCCAGUCGUCUGGCAAUCAUCAAGAGAUCCUAUCAACUAAGAAGCUAAAGAAAAGUAGUCAGUCCAAAACAAUGCCUUGUGACAAGAAAACCAACCAAGAAGAAGAGAAGAGACCAAAUCUUGCACCUAUAAAUCCAGUAAAUGGUCCAGUCCCCAUCAAUGCCAAAGCUCAAGCAGGAAAGAAGAUGGUUCCGUCCGCAAAGAAAAUUGAGCCCACAAUGCUGGUCAUCAAGUUUCCUCGUGGUACAUCUCUCCCUUCGACCGCUCAGCUUAAGGCAAGGUUCGGUCGCUUUGGACAGUUGGAUCAAUCAGCCAUUAGAGUUUUAUGGAAAUCCUCGAUCUGCCGUGUUGUCUUCCUGUAUAAACUCGAUGCGCAGACAGCUUUAAGAUAUGCAUCAGGAAGCCACUCUCUCUUUGGCAACGUCAAUGUGACCUACUUUCUGCGUGACGUGGAAGCUCCUUAUGCAUCCGAGGGCCAUGAACCGAAGAAGGCCAAGACAGGUGAACCAAUCCUUGAACCACUGAGCCAGUGGAUAGACCGAGCACAGCCGCCGGUUCACCAAUCGUUUAACAUCCAGCCCAAGUCCUGUUUGAAGAAGCCAGGCAAUAACGGUAAUGGUAACCGCGGGAAAGCACGAGUGAGAUUCAUGUUGGGUGGGAAAGAAACAGGGACACCAUUUCUUGAUUCGAGUAAAAACAAUGGAAAUCACUCCUCGUCAUCAUCAUCUGUUGCAAUAGAAUUUGUUACUAACAACACUCAAAACAUGGUUCCACCAAAUUUGCAUCCGAUCCCUUGGAAAAACUCAAAAAGGAAGCCUGUUAACAAUAAAGUGGACCACCUCGAGCCACCACUAAAGCCGUCGGAGUGUAGGGUGGACAUCUCGGAGCAGAUAAUGGAGCUGUUAUUAUGGUGUAACGAUGUUGUGUCUAACGUCACGGGCUUUUUGGGUUACGUCCCAUAUCAUCCCUUGUGA